AUGCAAGGUCACAAUGACAGAGAGACAUUUUCUGCGCCUCUUCUGGGUCACGAUCAUAGCUCUGAUACAUCACCCCUUUUAGAAACUUUAGUGGGUCUAUCAAAUGAAGAAGAUCAGCCAACGAGGCAAUCGAGUUUUGAGGUGUUUGAAGAGUUAAAAAAGCUAUAUGCCAUAGCGCUACCUCUCAUCGUUUCUGCCUUAGUCAUGUACGGGAAAUCUGCGUUAUCGGUGUUGUUCCUGGGCCAGAUCGGGAAAGAAGCACUGGCCGGAGGCACGCUCGCGAUGGGUAUUGCUAACAUCACUGGGUACUCCAUCAUCGCGGGCCUCGCCCUCGGCAUGGAGGCCAUCACCUCUCAGGCCUGCGGGGCGAGGCGGUGGCCGCUCAUGGUCCAAACCCUACAACGCACCAUCACGAUCCUGACCCUCGCCUCCGUACCCAUCUCCUUCCUUUGGCUCUAUGUCAAGCCGAUUCUCCUCCUGUGCGGCCAGGACCCGAAAAUAGUCACAGUCGCCACGGUCUAUCUCACAUACGUGAUCCCGGAUCUUUUCUUCCAAUCUCUCAUCAAUCCACUCAGAAUCUACCUUAGAUCACAAAACAUCACAGUCCCUCUCAUGCUCAGCGCAGGGUUUGGGCUUAUCCUCCAUGUCCCAGUCAAUUAUCUUCUCGUUCAUCACUACAAACUUGGUGUCAAGGGCAUAGCAAUUGCUGUGUCCAUAACCGACUUAAUCAUUCUGGCCGUACUUGUUUUGUGCAUCUACUUCUCUAGGACUUGUAGAGAGUCGUGGCAAGCUUGGUCCCUCAAGUGCUUCAAGGAGUGGAGUACCAUUCUCUGGUUGGCCAUCCCGAGUUGCAUCUCGGUGUGCCUGGAGUGGUGGUGGUACGAGCUCAUGAUCGUCCUCGCCGGGGUCCUCCCGAACGCAGCCGAUGCAGUGAGCGCCAUGGGGGUUUUGAUCCAGGCGACCGCGUUGAUCUACAUCUUCCCCUCGUCGCUCGGGCUCGCGUUGUCGGCCCGGGUUGGGAACGAGCUCGGGGCGGCCCGGCCCGAGCACGCCAGGGCCACCUCCCUAGUGGCCCUGGCCUGCGCCGUUGCCACUGGCCUCAUCGUGAUGCUGUGCACGAUCAUCAUGAGGACCGUGUGGGGCCGGUUCUUCACCAAGGACGGAGCUAUUCUGGUGUUGACCGCCGCAGCAUUGCCGGUGGUGGGGUUGUGCGAGCUAGGGAACUGCCCUCAGACCACCGUGUGUGGGGCAUUGAGGGGCAGCGCGCGGCCCACUCUAGGGGCCAACAUCAACUUGGUGGCCUUCUACUUCGUUGGGCUGCCGGUGGCGGGCAUCAUGUGCUUCAAGAUCGGUAUGGGCCUCUUGGGCCUCUGGAUGGGCCUCCUUGCGGCGCAGGGAGUCUGCGCCGUCGUGAUGGUGGUCAUGUUGAUGAGAACGGACUGGGCUGAGGAAGCAAGGAAGGCCCGAGAGCUGACGGCCAACCGCGAGGAGCCAGACGACGACGGAGAGAAUUCCGACCAACGUCCAAAAUAG